AUGUGGGCGGGGCUAGGGCUAGUUCUGGCUCUCUGUCUCCUCCCAGGAGGAGGGACAGAGAUCCAGAACUGCAAGGAGCCCCCAGAAUGGCAUAUUGGGGAGGAGAACCCAAUGCUGAACUCAAGGGGCUCAGUGACGGUGGUGGCUCUCCUCCAAGCUAGCUGAUACUUGUGCCUGCUGCAGGCUUCCAGAUUGGAGGACCUGCGGGUGAAGUUGGAGAAUGAAGGACUGGUCAAUAUCUCCUAUGUAGUUGUCAACCAUCAGGGAGCUUAUUCCCGGAGGAAGUUUCACCUACUGAAAGAAAGUGUUUCAGACUAUAUUACUGUCUACCAGCAAGAUGAACAGCAAGCUGAUAUCUGGACUACCUUAGAUGGAAACAAAGAUGACUUUCUCAUCUAUGACAGAUGUGGCCGUCUGGUGUAUCAUCUAGGUCUGCCCUAUUCAUUCCUGUCUUUCCAGUAUGUAGAAGAAUCUAUUAAGAUUGCAUACUGUGAAAACAAGUGUGGAAACUGCUCUUACACG